AUGAAGUGCGGAGUCAGCGGUUUUUUUUACAUCAAAGAACGUCAACUGGUUCUUGGGAUUCGAUCCGAGCAUCGUGAGCCUUGUAACGGCGCCGCUCAUCUCUGCCCCGCAAAAUCCAUGGCCGUUAUGUUUAUUUUACUGAUUUUGUUUUUAAAUCCUACGAUUUCACUAAGCAGGUCGCGCUCGCCUUCGCCCGCUGGCCAUUCCGGCGGUUCAGCUACGGAACACGAAGAUCACAGUGGAAGCGAGAAGCACUCAGAUGCGAACGAAACGGACGCAGAGAAAUCUCCACGGCCAGUACGAAAACCAACACCAAAGCCGAACGGAAAAGAACAGCCGAAGUCGGAUAAGUCGUCCGGGGAAUCAGGAUCUGAUAAGGAGAGUGACGACUAA